CCGCGCGGUGACGGCGACGCCUGCGGCCGCGGGACUCUCCACUCGCCGCCGCCGGAGAGGCCGCUGACCUCUUGGCCGCCCCGCCUCGGAGGUUCAGAUGGCUCAGGCGAAGAUCAACGCGAAAGCCAACGAGGGGCGCUUCUGCCGCUCCUCCUCCAUGGCCGACCGCUCCAGCCGCCUGCUGGAGAGCCUGGACCAGCUGGAGCUCAGGGUGGAGGCUUUGAGAGAAGCGGCAACUGCUGUGGAGCAAGAGAAAGAAAUCCUCCUGGAGAUGAUCCACAGCAUCCAGAAUAGCCAGGACAUGAGGCAGAUCAGCGAUGGAGAAAGAGAAGAAUUAAAUCUGACAGCAAACCGUUUGAUGGGAAGAACGCUCACCGUUGAAGUUUCAGUAGAAACUAUUAGAAAUCCCCAGCAGCAAGAAUCCUUAAAGCAUGCCACCAGGAUUAUUGAUGAGGUGGUCAGUAAGUUUCUGGAUGAUUUGGGAAACGCCAAGAGUCACUUGAUGUCACUGUACAGUGCUUGUUCAUCUGAGGUGCCAUCUGGGCCUGUUGACCAGAAGUUUCAGUCCAUAGUGAUUGGCUGUGCUCUUGAAGAUCAGAAGAAAAUUAAGAGAAGAUUAGAGACUCUGCUUAGAAAUAUUGAAAACUCUGACAAGGCCAUCAAGCUGUUAGAGCAUUCUAAAGGAGCUGGUUCCAAAACUCUGCAACAAAAUGCUGAAGGCAAAUUUAAUUAGUUUUGAAACAGAAGAGCACUUACAAAUAAUGACGUAAAAAUGAUUAAAUACUAGUUCUUUAUGUUAGGCAUAACAUUUGAUACUGAUUAUUUCAGAUGAGGAAAAUAUCCCAGUGUCAUCAGUUUUGUGAUUAACAUAAUUAAAACUAGAAGUAUUUUAAUUAUCUUUCUAGAAAUUUUUAGAUUGAAUUCUUGUCUUGUAUUAGGAUCUAGCACCUAAUAUAUAUUUUUUUUUACUAUUCUGUGGUUGAAUACUUAGUAUAUAGGAGAGAGUUAGUGCUCAGCCUAGGGCAAAAGCAUUAUUUUCUUUCCUGGGCUUUAUCUGACGUGGAGAUACUUGGGCACAUGGGGCAUUUGGUUGACUAGAAAUUCUUUACUUAAUCAGCACACACACACACUACACAUCUACUGUUAACUAAGAAGUGUGCUUAAAAGGGAUCCCAAAAUAAGAAGCUUUCCCUCCAUCUUUUUCAUAAAGCACCUUUUUUGGACAUCUGAAUCAAUUUUGACUUAAGAUUUAUGCAUCUGAUAAUAUGAAUAUAUUCCUUCCUGUGUGUGAAAACAUGGCAUAAAGUGUGAGAGAAUUCACCUGAUUUUACCACUGUGAACAACUAUAUGUCCACUUUAUCUUUUUCCAAAUGCAUCAUUUCUCUCAAUUUGUACUCAUUAUUGAAAUGCGGUAUUGUAACUUGCCUUUUUAAAAAAAAAAAAAUGCUGCUAUAAAGUCUGCUAAUUGUCAACUUUAAAACCUCUAUUCCGUAUAGUUGUAUAAUUUACUUAGCCAUUCCCCUAACUAGGCAUUUAGGUUGUUUCCAGGUUGUUUCUUAUUCCUGCAACAUAUUUAUAUACAGAGAGCUUUUUCCUUUUUUCUUUGUUUUUGAUUUUCUUUGUAUAAGUUCCCAGCAGUGGGAUUUACCAGGUCAAAGGGUAUAUACAUUUUCAUGACCUGACAUAUUUCCAAAUUUUUUGGUAUAAGAGUUACAUCAAUUUAUACUGUCUUCAGUAAUUAAAAUGUAGCUAUUUCACUAAAA